AUUGGUGGUUCGUUGUGUCAGGUAAGGGGCAGGUGGCUUCCGGGCUUCAUACCGGAAGUGGACACCUUUGGCUUACUGAGCAGCUGAAGAAGUUUUGUCGAAAACAAAUCGGCAUAUUUUUUUUUAUUAUCCAAAGGGAAACAUUUAGCCGAGCAGCUAUGUGCACCUUUGAUAAGGACAAGGGGCCGAGGAGCCUGAUGAAAACGGGCUUGUCUCUCAUCUUAGUGGGACAUAUAAACUUCAUCCUUGGUGCCAUUGUCCAUGGAAAUGUCCUACGCCAUAUUUCCAAACCCAGCCAACAAAUCACCACAGAAUACACCAUAACUAACAUAAUUUCUGUCACUUCGGGUUUGCUGAGCAUUACCACUGGGAUUAUUGCUAUUGUGGUUUCGAGGAAUCUCCGCGUGUUCAAGCUGCAAAUAGGACUUCUGAUUGCCUCCUUCCUCAACGCCCUGCUCUCGGCAGCCUGCUGCGUGGGCCUGCUAGUUGCCAUCACCAUGACCAUUUCCCACAACGGUCAGGGCCUGAUGCGUGGAUGUAACGACACCGAGGUGCCUGCCAACGCUCGGUCGCCGGUCAGCGCACGCUGCCCGUUUGACACUACACGCAUUUAUGACACCACCUUGGCGCUGUGGUUCCCCAGUGCUGUGAUGGCUGCAGCUGAGUGUGGCCUGUCUCUGUGGUGCUUCAUCGUAGGCCUGACUCUCAGAGGUCUUCUGUCCUGUGGACGUAACUACUACAAAGAACAGUUGGAGGAAGAUAUUGGGCGUUCUCCUCAGAGCAGGCGCCUGAUUGGCCAAAACAUACUGAACCCCGAUGCCUGACUGAACAAAGUACACUCCAUACCUUCUUUAUACAUUAGGUUACAGUUUUUAUGUGACAUGUUUUGAGGUUAAGAUCAUUUCUUCCAUUGCGUUCCUUGAUGUAUAGUCCUGUCGCAACUUGUAAUGUGACACGUGUCGUGGUAUGACCGUCAUAUGUCUCCAUGCACUCCAACACACUACAUGUACUUUGUAGUGUAAUCCUUACUUUUUGCAGGGUAACUAACAUUUCAUGAUGACAUUAUUUUUCAAUAUGAAGGAGACUUUUGGUUUUUACACAAAAUACAUUUUUACAUCAAUUUAAACUAUUUUUUGUUUGAACUUUUCUUUAGGAAAUAUAUAUAUUUAUAGUUCUUUCUGUUUUUAGAAUUUUACGUGGUGAUUUUUAACCCUCUGGGCACAAAUGCUAACUGUUUUUUUUUUCCUUUUAAUGCAUUUUUCUUUGUAUUUUGGCCAUAACUCUGGUUGUGGCACUCCAUUGUAAUCGAUUUUAUGCUUUUAUGUCCAAUUCUUUCACAGACAUAUGAUACACUGGCAGUUAUACCACAAUACCCCAAAACCAAACAGGACAUACCUGUAAAAGGCCUAACAUUUACAUUUUUUGCUCAAAUAUCGCAAUGAACUUCAGUCCUAAACAAAAAUACUGAACAUGUUAGUUGCUUUUUAAAUUUUAACCCUUUGAAGGCCUAUUGAUGAAAUUAUGUUAGUUUUUAAUUAGUAUAAAUUUGCAUAAUGAGUUUUUUACUAAUUUAAACAUGUGACUUUAUCUGAUCAAAAAGGUCAACAAAUGUUACAUGUUUUUAUGCAUUACAUGCAUAUUUUUGUUUAGAACAUUCCCUCCAUCCAUCUUCUACAGCUUUUUCCCUUUGGGAUCACGGGGGGCGCUGGUACCUACAUCAGCUACAAUCGGCCGGAAGGCGGGGUACACCCUGGACAAGUCGCGACCUCAUCGCAGCAAUUACUGAUAGUUAACCAAGGAAUGGAUAUUUGAUUUAAAAAUUGAGAAGUACAAAAAAAAAAAAAAGUAUUGAUAGAUGUUUUGCAAAGUCGCUCUAUUUCCCUGGGUGGGUGUACACCGCCUUCCGCCCAGAUGCAGCUGGGAUAUGCUCCAGCACCCCCACGACUCCGGGAGGGACACGCGGUAGAAAAUGGAUCGUUGUGACUGAAUCAACAGCGCCUCUGCUGUUUACAGCUAAGUACUGCACUUAAUUUUGCUUCUAGUUGAUCAACAAACUGCAAAAUGAGGGUCAUGGAGAUAACUCAUACAGUGUCAUGACGUGAGUACAAUGGCGUGCUCGCUGAAUACUGCUCAUGUUAAGAGGUUCAACCAGUAUGUGGGCCAGGAGCCCUCUGCUUCCACAGACCCCCCCUCACAUACCCCACACACAGUGACAGAGAGGAUCACAUCAGAUCAGCCAUGAAACGGUUAAUCUAGCACUGUGCUCAAUCGUGCAGAAGGGAAUCAUAGCACGCAGCACUAAUCCCGACUGUGUGAGGCAUAAAUAUUGACAUUGUGCUGCCUGAUUCGAUCACACAUCAUCCAGCUCACUUUGAUGUCGCUCUGUUGAGGUUUUUAUCAGGAAGCACUUCGUUCAAUGUAUAGUUUUAAGAUGAUACACCAUUGAGCUUCUUGAAAUAUGAGUUAACAAUGCAUCAUCAGUGUGAUAUACUUUUUAAAAGCUAUUCAACUGGCCUUCACUCAAGUGAAAUGUGUAUGUACAACAAUUUUUGACUGAUGUUGAAAUUAAGUUGUUGGAUAACUCGAAGGACAAUUGCAAGCUGUUUGAAAGAUUGCAUCACUGAUUACUGUUGCUCAUUUUAAUAAACUUUUUUCUGCUUAAAA